GCCACUUGGCAGUGCAUUACGUCUUCGUAAGUCUUAAAACUGGUUGGGAGUACUUUGUAGUAGCCAUUGUUCUAAAUUUGGAUAUUUAUGAAGAUAAAUUUUCCCCAUUGUGCGUAAAUCUUAAAAGUCGAGUGUUACAGAAUUUUAAUAAACAAGGUUUUGUGAAGCUUAAAACAAUACGUAUUAGUGAAAAAUGAAUCCGGAAUAUGAUUAUUUAUUUAAACUGCUUCUAAUUGGAGAUUCUGGAGUAGGAAAGUCAUGUUUGCUACUACGAUUUGCGGACGAUACGUAUACGGAAAGUUAUAUCAGUACUAUUGGCGUAGACUUUAAAAUCAGAACAAUCGAUUUAGGUGGCAAAACUAUUAAAUUACAAAUUUGGGACACAGCAGGGCAAGAACGCUUCCGAACAAUUACAUCUAGCUACUACAGAGGAGCACACGGUAUAAUCGUCGUGUACGAUUGCACAGACCAAGACUCUUUCAACAAUGUAAAGCAGUGGUUGGAAGAAAUUGAUCGUUACGCAUGUGAUAAUGUGAACAAACUGCUUGUAGGAAAUAAAAAUGAUCUUACUACGAAGAAAGUUGUCGAUUUCACUACGGCUAAAGAAUAUGCCGAUCAGUUAGGCAUUCCUUUUCUCGAGACGUCUGCAAAAAAUGCGACAAACGUAGAACAGGCUUUCAUGACAAUGGCUGAAGAAAUUAAAAACCGCGUGGGUCCGCCGUCGUCUACUGCAGAGCAAGCUAGUAAAGUAAAAAUUGAUCAAGGGCGUCCUAUUGAAACUAAAUCGGGUUGUUGCUGAAACACGCAACCUUAAAUAAUUUUUUUACAGGAGUUUGGCUCGGUCACCGUGACUUUUUUUUUUCUUUGUAGAUUUAAAGGACUGUCGUCUUGAAUGUAGUAAUCCGUCAACUCUAUAUAUCAUAUGUGUAUAGUUAAUCUUUGUUUUGUCAUUGGUGACAUUUUUUUAUAUUUGCAUACCUGUUAUAAUAUAAUCAACACCAAUGUAGUUAGUUCCAUUAAUUAUAUUGUUUUUAUAAAUAUUUAGAUAGUUCAUUAAAAUUAUUUAUUAAUAUUUUUUGUUUUUUUCAAAUCAUGUAUGUAGUAGGGUGGUUAUAAAGUUGGAACGAAAUUGUGUGUAGUUAUGUUGUAAGUUUCAUUUGUUGUUUUGUUGUAAAAUUAAAAAAGAUUUUGUAUUUUAAAUUACAACAUAACUACUGAAAUUGUUUUUAUGUUGUGUUAUGACUUGUGUUAAAAUAUCAACUACAGGGAACACUUAUUUUGUUUUAUAAAGCCCAAAUCUGCUUUGAAAGCAGUAGUCUUUUAUGGUGCAUAUUUGUACGCUUUUUUUUCCUUAAAUAGGGCAGUGUAGUGAUAGUUUCAACUGGUGUGUAUGAAACAUAUGAAUUAUGGACUAUGUAGGUUUAUUCGAGAAUAGUAUAUUUG